AUGAUAGCCCCAACUCCCUCCGAGUUCGACCCUCGCUCCCAACUUUUCCCCCAUAUUGUGGACCACUAUGCCAAGGUCAAGCCAGACGCCGUCUACGCCGAAUUUCCUGCUUCUUCUAUAAGCGAUGAGGGGUACCGCCCGAUCACUUACCUCGCCUUGGCCAACGCGAUUAAUGGCCUCGCGGGGUGGCUGACAGAGCGGCUGGGCCCUGGCCGCGGAGAGAUACUAGCGUACGUGGGCCCAGGCGACCUGCGAUACCCAGCCUUGGUUCUGGCGGCCGUAAAGGCUGGAUACUGCAUAUUCACCCCUUCGCCACGCAACAGCGCGGUGGCCCAUCGGUCCCUCCUUGAGCGACUAAACUCCUCUCCGCUGGAGAUCAUCGAUGUCCCGAGCGUUGAGGAGUUGUUGACCACCGAAUAUCCCUACUUCGAAUACCCCAAGACUUACCCCGAAGCUGCUAAGGAUGGACUGGUCGUGAUGCAUACCUCCGGGUCCACGGGGAUUCCCAAGCCCGUUACUUGGACCCUCGAUGCUGCUGUCAAGCACAUACAUACGCAAAUGCUGAGCCCCUCCUUCGGAGUUAAGGGUCCAUGCAUUGGCAAGAAGCUGUAUUUGACGAUGCCUCCCUUCCAUGCCGCCGGGUUGGCCCUCUUCCUCUUCGCUACUAUACCCGUGGGCAUAACCCUUGUCUUACCGCUGGCGGGCUUGCCCACUGCCGCGAGUAUGGUCGCCACCAGGAAGCAGACCCCGUUCGACUUCGCCGUGGUGCCUCCAUCAAUCGUGCAGGAACUAGCGCAAUCGCCGGAGCUCCUGGACUACUGCAGCACGCACCUUGAGCACCUAGUCUACUGUGGCGGAGAUGUCCCCCAGGCGAUCGGAGACAGUGUCGCACGCAAGCUGAGACUAGUCAAUCAGUACGGCGCGUCGGAGUUAGGGUUCAUCACCACAAUUGACUUCAAAUCCAACCGAGAUCUCCGGGCGGAUUGGCGUUAUCUGAAAUCCAAUCCGGGAGUGGGAGUUGAACUGCGCCACGUCUCCGGGGAGGAGCAUGAGAUUGUGAUGGUUCGUGACCCCAAGUCGGAGUUCCAGCAGUUCUGCUUUAGUGUGUUUCCCGAGCUGCAGGAAUAUCAUACGUCGGACCUGGUAAUCCGCCAUCCUGAUCCUGCAAAGUCGGAUCUCUGGCGCACCUCGGCUCGCAUUGACGAUGUCAUCGUCUUCCUCAACGGGGAGAAGACCAAUCCGGUCUCGAUGGAACAGCACAUCAUUGCUGCAAGCUCGCAGGUCACUGGGGUUCUUGUUGCCGGUGCGCAGCGCUUCCAAGCGGCUCUUGUGGUGGAGCUCGGGGGGCAGACUCUCAGUACGAGUGAGCGUGCGGCGGUGAUGGAACAGCUCUGGCCCAGCAUCGUACAUGCGAAUGCGGAGUGCCCUGCCCAUGCUCGUAUUGCAAAAAGCCAUAUCCUGUUCACGACUCCCGAGAAGCCCAUGCUACGCUCCAGCAAGGGAACCGUACAACGUGCUAGCACAUUGGCCUUAUACGCGCAGGAGCUCGAAGGACUAUACGCUGAUGCCGAUAAACUGUCUGAGCAGCAUGAUCCGGAGGAGGGCGAGUUGCCCGGACCCGGCGGGGUGGAUGAUGCCACUGCAGUGGCCGAGUACAUUCGAGGAACGGUCCUGAGCAUCACAGGGUGGAGUCCCGACAAGUUGUCCGACGCAGAGAACUGGUUCAAUCUCGGCCUAGACUCACUCCAAACCAUCACGGCCACCCGAGUCCUCAAGCGUGGGCUGAACAUCCCAACCCUCACCCCCAAUGUCAUCUAUCUCCACCCCACAGUGACAGCCCUAACCCUGGCAGCUCGCGACCUGCACCAUCACCUGGAGACGUCCACCGAGGCUCAAAAGCAUGCAUCCCUCCAAGAGCGUGACCAGCUCCUGGAAGAGCUUUUGAGCCAGAUUGAACCCCCAUCCACGGCCCCAAGCACCGUCGAACAACCCCCAACUCACAGCGUCAUCCUCACCGGCUCAACCGGCCAUCUGGGCACUUACCUGCUCGACGCCCUCCUCAACAACCCAACAGUAUCCCACAUCCACUGCCUCAACCGACGGCCGAAUGCCCAAGACACCCAGCAGCAACGCACCGCCUCCUACAACCUCACCCCCAUCGACCCCUCCCGGGUAACCUUCUGGACGACCGACCUCACACAGCCCAACCUCGGCCUCCAACCCUCCGACCUGGCGCACCUCUCCCAAACCACCACCCUCAUCAUUCACAACGCCUGGACCGUAAACUUCAACCUAUCGCUCUCCUCGUUCAAACCCAACCUCAACGGAGUCAUCAACCUCCUCAACUUCACCAACCACGCCACCCACACGCCACCCCUCUUCUUCAUCUCCUCCAUCAGCUCCAUCAUGGGCCACCACACCCCCACCACCCUCGUCCCCGAAUCCCUCAUCACCACCACCACCGUCCCAUCUCCAACCGGCUACGCGACGAGCAAAUACAUCGCCGAGCACCUCCUCGCCCACGCCCCCGGCACACGCACCUCCUUUGCCCGCGUCGGCCAAAUCUCCGGCCCUGUUCGCCACCCCGGUCUCUGGAACAAGAGCGAGUGGUUUCCCAGUUUGGUGCUCAGUUCUGUUCACGUCGGCGCGUUGCCGGAUUCCCUUGGUCCGACGCUCGACCGUAUCGACUGGGUCCCAGUUGACCUGUUAUCUGACGUUUUGGUUGAGCUUGCUCUCCUUCCCCCUCCUCAAUCUCAUUCCGAAAACAUAGCAGAGGAAAAAGAUGAAGGAAGAGUAACAGUCCACCACCCACUCAAUCUCCACCCCCAAACCUGGAAUAAUCUCCGUCCGCAUGUCGCCAACGCGAUCGGUCUAUCGGGGCAGAUAAUCCCAGCCAAGGAAUGGGUGCAGCGCGUGCGAUCGGACAUUGAGUCUUCGGGACGAGAGGGUGGGGAUGCUGUCAAGAAUGGCGAGUUGAAGGCGUCGUUGGAGAGGAAUCCGGCGGCGAAGUUGCUGGGGUUUUUGGAGGCGGCGAUGGCGCAGGAGGUUGGGGAGGAUGUUUUGGAUACGAGGUGUACAGCGGAGAGGAGUGAGAGGUUGAGGGGUGUCGAGGGGGUGAAGGGGACGUGGGUUGAGAAGUGGGUGGGGGAGUGGUUGGGGGGGUGA